AUGGUAUACUUGAAGAAUAUCUUUAUAUUUGGCAUAAUAUGUAUUAUACACAUAGAUAUAGUAAUAAAUUCAACAGAAAAAUAUAAAAGAAAUAAUCGAAAAGAGAAGAGUCAUCCUUAUUUCACAAGAUUUAAAUUUAGAAAUAACCCGAAAUCUACAAAACCAAUUAUUCCAGCAGGUGCACACUUACACAGCAAUAUAACAGAAAAUCAAAGCAAUUCAAAUACAGGAUAUUUAAUAUCACCAAGUACCUCUAAACAGUCAUUAAGUGAUAGUAUAAAUGAGUGUAUAAGUAGUAACAUAAGCAAUAACAUGAGUAAUAAUACAAAUAAUAGUGUAGAUGAAUUUAUGAUUAAUACUGGAAAUAAUAAUGGAAAUAUAUGUAUUAAUACAAGUGAUACAGAUAGUUAUAGUAAUACUGAUGAAGUAGUAAUAGAUACAUUUUCAGAUUCAAAUAAGUCAAGUAAGAAUGUAGAUAUAACUAUACCUAGUAAUACAAGAUAUAAUAAGACAUUUAUUUAUUAUAUGAGUAUGAAUAGGUAUAUAAAUAGAAAUUAUACUAGACAAGUAUACAAUAUAAAGAAAUUAGUACUAGUACAUAAUCUUAUUUCAUUAAAUAAUUAUAAUUUAAUUAUUAAAAAAGGGCAUAAUAUAAUUAAAGAAUGGAAGAACAACUCAACUGUAGAUGUAUGGACACUAAUUAAAAACAUAAAAUUAGACAUUUAUUCGAAAAAUAGACUAAUUAUGUAUAUGGUUAAUUUAGAUAGUGAUGAAUUAAGAAAUCCUGUAUAUUAUAAUGGUUUUUUUACUGAUUUAUUUAAAUAUAUACAAGUACAUGGACCAUCAGUAUACAUUAAUACUAUAAGGAGUACGCAUAAUGAAAUAAGUAAUAUUAAACAAAAAAAAGAAACUCUUGGAGAUAUAUGGAUUAAUAAAGAAGUAAAUGUAUACUGCUGUUACUGUGGUAUAUCUAAACAAAUAGUCAUAGAAGUAUCUGAGAGUGAUACAGAAAAGGACAUAAAGCUUAAAAAGAACAUGAAUAUUAUUCUCUAUAUACCAGAAGUAUAUGAAGACUUUUGUAAAAUACCACUGAGGCUAAUUAGUAAAAUCUUUAAAAACCUUGAAGAAGAGUUAGAUAAUAAGUCUAAUAGUAUUACUAUGGAAAAUAUAUUUAUUUUUAAUUAUAUAAUAAUGUAUCUUAUAGGUGUUGUACAGGAGAAUUCAGAUAUAAUAGAAGAAUCGUAUAAUAUAAUUAAAAAAAUAGAGAAGUAUAAUAAUAAUAGUAAAAUCAGCAUAUAUGAUUUCGAUUGUAUUGAAGUGUAUACAAUUGUUUGCAAUGCGGUUAAAUUGUUCUAUGAGAAAUUCCCGUAUGUGUAUAUGCUAUCCCACGAGGAAAAGAGUCUGCUUAGAUCAAAAAAGUUCAAUAAGUACAUAUACGCAGACCCAAAUAGUAGAUAUAAUAAAAUCAUGGGUGGACAUACAGUUACGUCACAGAAGUAUAUUAAGCAUUAUGCUAUAAUAAAUGAAACUAUUGAAUCAGAAAGUGCUCGUAAUAAGUGUAAAAUAAUAAUAAUUAAUGGUAACAUACAUAUUAAUAUGGCAUCUAUUGAAAUAUCCAUUAAAGAGCAUUAUCAUGUGCAGUUUGUAGAUAAUGUAAGACACACUCUUGAAAUCAUACACCUUCCCUAUUACUUACAUAAAACAAAGAGUAAUAAAUUUAUACUAUAUCAGAUUCAUAAGAUUAAGAAUAUAAUCACAUACCUAAAAUAUGUAUAUGAUAUAGGGGCGGAUAUGUAUAAGAAAAAUCAAGGAUAUUUAUACGCAUUUAAGUAUAAUACAAAUAAUAAAGCAUGGUCGUUAAUAAGUGAUACAGACGAUUUAAGCAAAACAGUAGAACAAAUGGAACGUACUGGGUAUAAUAUAAUAUUUUAUUAUGUUAAAGAGAACAUACAUGAAACCAAAUUCUAUUUAGCUGAGUUUACAUAUCCAUUAAGCAUUAAAAAUGAAAUUAAUGAUAAUAAUAUUAACAAACCAAGGAUUCCCUUACUGCUUUCUGUGUUUAUGUUUAGUGCUAUUAUUCUAGGACCAUAUGAUAUUAAUUAUAUUAAUAAUGAAGUACCUAAGAUAGAAUCAUAUACAGAUAUGUAUCCAAUUGUGUAUAUGCAUAAUUAUACAGAAAUAAUGGAUAAGACAUUAUUGCCUGAAGAAAGGCCUGAGAAUAUUUCAUAUAGUGAAUUAUUACAAAAUAUCAGUAUUAAUGAAAGAAAAUUAAACUGCUUUAUUAAAUAUUAUUACAGUGACUUCUUUAUAAGAAAUUCAAACGAUUGGUACGAAGAUCAUCACUGUUACUGUAUGAAUAUUAAACAGGAAUUGAUUAGGUCUAAUAACAAUUUAAUAAUAAAAUGGCAUACAAGGAUAUAUGACAGUGUAUAUGAAUAUACAACAUAUAAAUUUAAUACAGAUAUAAAGGAUACAAGAGCAUUUAUACGUAAUAAUCAAUCUGUUCAUGCCUCAUUUAUUGACAUGUUAAACCGUAAGAAUCCUUCUAUGAACAUGGCAAUGCAUGGGUACUGUAUAUAUAAAAGUAUAAAUAGUAAAGAGUAUAUGUCUUGUCCCAUGCUAUGCCAUAUUAUGAAAGACCUUUUAGGAACACUGAAUACGUAUUUAUUAGAUACGGCAUAUUCUGAAGAAAUAACAAAUAGGGGCAGUAAAGGUAUAGAAAAUAAGGAUAGUGAAGGUAUUCUUAAUCAAAGUAUACUUAAUCAGUUAAUUAUGCAUUACAGUUUUAUUCCAAAUGAUGUUUUAAAUUUCAUUCACCUGGAUAAUUAUGAAGAUAUUAAAAAUGCUUUAGAUGGGGUUAUAUCUAUAAGGAAUAAUAAUUAUAACGGGUGUAAAUAUGGAAUUCAUUAUGAUAUAUUAUCUUGGUAUAUUAAUAAAGUAUAA